AAAAGGAAGGCGUGAGGGCGGGCGAGAGAGACAGGAUGCUUGCUUUUCGUUUUACCGAAGCCGUCUGAAGGCAAGACAGCGGGCGCCGGGAAGAGGACCCACGCAGCCCCGCGCUGUCUCCUCGCCCCGCGCGGCCGCCGCGUUCCCCGCGCUCGCCCUGGGCGUCCAGAAAGGCGGAAAGCGAAGCUCGCCCUCCCUCCCCAGCAGAGGGAAACAGCCGAAGACACCGCAGGAGUCUGUGAAAGUCCCUAGGACUCCAAGUGAGGAAGUGACACUCCCAGGCGAGCCGGCCCGCAGCUGCCAGCUCUGCACGGCCUCCAGCACCGCGGCCCUGGAGGAGCGCGCGGCGGAUUUCAGGCUCCGCGCCGCCCCGCGGGGUCCGUGCGCACUGCCCCGGGCCCAACUUCUUCUGGACGCCCAUGCGGACCCCUGGAUCCGCGCUGCAGCGGGUGAUCUAACACCGGAGACAAUCUUCGGCGUGGUGCCAAGCAGAGGGGAGGGGGACACGGAGGGGCAACCUCUUUGGGACUAACUCAUGAAGAACAAGGGUGCCAAGCAGAAGCUGAAACGAAAGGGAGCCACCAGUGCCUUUGGCUGUGACCUGACCGAAUAUCUGGAAAGCUCAGGACAAGAUGUUCCAUAUGUAUUGAAGAGCUGUGCAGAAUUUAUAGAGACUCAUGGCAUUGUGGAUGGAAUUUAUCGGCUUUCGGGAGUCACCUCAAACAUACAACGGCUAAGGCAAGAGUUUGGCUCAGAUCAAUGUCCAGAUCUGACAAGGGAAGUGUAUCUCCAGGACAUCCACUGCGUGGGCUCACUCUGCAAGCUCUACUUUAGGGAGCUGCCCAACCCCCUCCUGACUUACGAGCUCUAUGAGAAAUUCACGGAGGCAGUGUCACGUUGCCCAGAAGAAGGCCAGUUGGCCCGAAUCCAAAAUGUUAUACAGGAGCUUCCCCCAUCCCAUUAUAGGACCUUGGAAUACCUGAUUCGACACCUGGCCCACAUCGCCUCCUUCAGCAGCAAGACCAACAUGCAUGCCAGGAACCUGGCCCUCGUGUGGGCACCAAAUCUCCUCAGGUCCAAAGAAAUUGAAGCUACUGGUUGCAAUGGAGAUGCAGCCUUCCUUGCUGUCCGGGUCCAGCAGGUGGUGAUUGAGUUCAUAUUGAAUCAUGUGGAUCAAAUCUUUAACAAUGGCGCACCUGGGUCUCUAGAGAACGAUGAAAACCGGCCCAUCAUGAAGAGCCUGACCUUGCCAGCCCUCUCCCUGCCCAUGAAGUUGGUGAGCCUGGAAGAAGCUCAGGCCCGGAGCUUGGCUACUAACCAUCCUGCUCGAAAGGAAAGGAGGGAGAAUAGCCUGCCUGAGAUUGUCCCUCCCAUGGGCACCCUCUUCCACACUGUCCUCGAGUUACCAGACAACAAAAGAAAACUCUCCAGUAAAUCAAAGAAGUGGAAAUCAAUAUUUAACCUGGGACGUUCUGGAUCAGACUCCAAAUCAAAGCUGAGUAGAAAUGGGAGUGUGUUUGUGAGAGGACAGAGGCUCUCAGUGGAAAAAGCUACUAUCCGGCCAGCUAAAAGCAUGGACUCGCUGUGCUCAGUGCCUGUGGAAGGGAAAGAAACCAAAGGAACUUUCAAUCGAACAGUCACCACUGGUGGAUUUUUUAUUCCAGCAGCAAAAAUGCAUGGAACUAGCACUGGCAGUUCUUGUGACCUCAGCAAGCAGGAGGGUGACUGGGGCCAGGAGGGGAUGCCGGCGGGGGCAGAGGGGGGCUUUGACAUGAGUAGUGACCGAAGUCAACCCCAGGGUGCUCAGGCCCGGUUCCCACCUGAGCAGCUGAAGGUGUUCCGGCCCGUUGAGGAUCCUGAGAGUGAGCAAACAGCCCCAAAGAUGCUGGGUAUGUUCUACACCUCAAACGACAGUGCCAGUAAAUCCGUCUUCACCAGCAGCCUCUUCCAAAUGGAGCCCUCGCCCCGUCACCAGCGCAAGGCCCUGAACAUCUCAGAGCCCUUUGCUGUGUCCGUGCCCCUCCGUGUGUCAGCUGUCAUCAGCACCAACAGCACCCCAUGCAGGACACCCCCAAAGGAGCUGCAGUCUCUGUCCAGCCUGGAGGAAUUUUCUUUCCAGGGGUCAGAGAGUGGAGGCUGGCCUGAAGAGGAGAAGCCACUGGGAGCUGAGACUUCUACAGCUUCUGUACCGAAGAAGGUGGCUCUCGAGGAUGCCAGGCCAGGACUGGAAGCAGUGAGGACAGCAGAAUGCAGCAAAGGCCUUUCCCUGGAGCCAGGGGCCCAAUGGGAGGAGAAGAAAACUUCAGAAAUCUCCCUGAGCUGUCAACAUUCAGAUGAACUGGAAAAGAGCCCAGAUUCAGACAAGGUGGUGGAGGAGGGUCAAGAGCCUGGCCAGGCGGAGUCCGGCGCUCUGCCGGAGAGCCCCAGGGCCAGAGCGGAGGCCGUGUUUCUGCAUGAGAUGGAUGAAGAUGAUCUGUCCAGCACCCUGAUCUGGCCUGAGAUUCAACAGGAGCUAAAAAUUAUUGAAUCUGAGGAGGAGCUGUCUUCAUUGCCACCACCUGUUCUAAAGAUCAGCCCAACUCAGCCCCUUCUUGAGUCAAGUUCAAGGCCUUUUGCUCCCCCAGAGCCUCCUGGGAGCUUGCCUUGUGUUUCCACCCCAGCUCCAGUCUCCACCCCUCUGGAGGAGUGGACUAGGGAUACAACCCAUCAUAGCACACAGGGGAUUCCCACAGCAGCCACUAGAGAAAUACCAGAGCAAACCAGCAGCCUCCAUCGAUCUGGGACUGAGAAGGGCCAGCGCCCAGAUCCCACCAGCCUGGCCCCUCUGGAAAUCGGUCCAUUUGAGGCAGCUUCUCCACAAGCAAGGGUGGAGAUGGGAGGCCCAGGGAACCUGUCUCCUCCGACCCCACCUGCUCCACCCCCUCCAACUCCUCAGGAGGAAGCACCUCAAGACCAGCUAUUGAAGGAUGGCCCUGAGAGGGAAGACUCCUCAAAGAAUGUGAGGACAAAUCCAUACGUAGACCAGCUGAAGUCCAAAGGCAGUCCUGGGAUCCCCAGUCUUUGCCAGGGAGACAAGUCCUCUCCAGGACAAAGUGAGAAACAAAAGUCAAAGAGUGCUGCUCCUGAUGGAAGAGGCCCUGGUUUUCCAAACCCAACAAAGGAAGUUGAGAUCUCCCCACAAGGAGAAGGGGAUAUAGCCCAUUCAGUACAGGAGCCCUCAGAUUGUGAUGAAGAUGAUGCUGUGACAGACAUUGCCCAGCAUGGCCUGGAGAUGGUGGAGCCCUGGGAGGAGCCCCAAUGGGUGACGAGUCCCCUUCAUUCCCCUACCCUGAAAAAUGUGCAAGAGGCCCAGGUGCAGGGCCCGCAGGAGCCCCGACCAGAGAAGAGGCUCUCUCAUAGGCCUAGCCUCCGUCAGAGCCGUUCUCUAGACAGCAAAACCACAGCCAAGAGCCAGUGGACUCUGCAGGCUCCCUCCUCCAGCAGCUGUGCGAAUCUUGAAGCAGAGAGGCAUUCCGACCCUCUGCAGCCCCUGGCACCCAGGAGAGAGCUUACUGGAUGGCAUGAAAAAGCCCUGAGAUCCUUCAAAGAGUUCUCUGGCCUGAAAGGGACAGAGGCUCUUCCCAGCCAGAAGGGACCAGGCGGUUUGCAGUCCAAACCAGCAGAAACCAGCCCUGUCAGCCCAGCAGAGAGAAAGGACCUGGGGACACACCUGGGACACGGCAACCCUCAUACUGAGCAGGGUAGUAUUCCUAGAUCAGAGAGCAGCAAGGAGAGCUCACCUAGUGCUCAGGAUAGCAUCUCGCCUGGAGAACAUCCCCCAAAGUUACAGCUGAAGAGCAGUGAGGGUGGGCCCCCAAAAGGGAAAAAUAGGCCGUCCUCCCUCAACCUGGACGCGGCCAUUCCCAUCACUGACCUCUUCCAGUUUGAGAAUGUGGCCUCAUUUGGUUCACCUGGAAUGCAGGUCUCUGAGCCAGAAGACCCAAAGGUCACGUGGAUGACCUCACCUCACUGUAAAGUAGACCCCUGGAGGGUUUACUCCCAGGACCCUCAAGACCUGGGCAUUGUUGCUCACGCCCUGACAGGCCGCCGUAACUCAGCUCCCGUCAGCGUGUCGGCUGUGAGAACCUCCUUCAUGGUCAAGAUGUGCCAGGCCAGGGCCGUCCCAGUCAUCCCGCCCAAGAUUCAGUACACACAGAUCCCACAGCCGCUGCCCUCUCAGAGCCCAGGGGAGGGGGUUGCUCAGCCUCUGGAGAAGAGCCAGGAGGAACCCAACGCAACCGGUGGGACCUCUCAGAAACCUGCCAAAGAUGAUUCUCUCUCCUCCUUGGAAAGCCCAAAGGAAGGGAAACCAAAGCAAGACACAGGAGCCAUGGAGUCCUCGCCAGUGGAUGCCACUGCAUCCCGCAUGUGUGAGGGACCCACCCUUUCUCCAGAACCAGGUUUGGCUAACCUGCUGUCCACUCAGGAUGCAGUAGUGCAGUGCCGAAAGCGCACAUCAGAGACAGAGCCAUCUGGGGACAACCUUCUUUCUUCAAAAAUAGAGCGACCAUCGGGGGGCUCUAAGCCUUUCCACAGGUCAAGGCCAGGAAGACCUCAGAGCCUAAUCUUAUUCAGUCCUCCUUUCCCCAUCAUGGACCAUCCACCUUCUUCCACAGUGACAGAUUCCAAGGUCCUGCUGUCCCCUAUCAGAAGCCCCACACAGACAGUUUCUCCUGGCCUUCUUUGUGGGGAGUUGGCAGAAAACACGUGGGUCACACCAGAAGGGGUUACACUGAGGAAUAAAAUGACCAUUCCUAAGAACGGCCAGAGACUAGAGACCUCAACCAGCUGUUUUUAUCAGCCUCAGCGGAGAUCAGUGAUUCUGGAUGGAAGAAGCGGGAGGCAAAUAGAAUGACUUCAGUUCAUCUGCUGGUGUCUGAAAAAAAUGCCAUGAUUCAUCUGAAAUUUAUUAUAGGGCCAACUUACCAUGAGUCCAGGCACAGGUUAUCCAAGUUUGGGCUUACUUUGGCUUCUCUUCUUUCAGCCUUCUGACCACUUAUUCAGUACUCAGUAAGGGAGAGAAUGAAAUGCUUGCCUCCAGUGAGACUCGGGGCUUGUCUGUGUGUCACAUUUCUCCCCCAUUGCCGUUAUCUGUUGCUGUGGUGAGCUGGAUGUGAUGAUGACUUUUGAAAGGAAAGAGAGAUCCUUUGUGUUGAAAAGUGUUGCUACUGAGGUUUGAAAGCCUCCUCUUCACUUCAUGCUUUUUAACGUUCCUUAAAGCAUGUGUUCUUUUAGACCAGUUUUCUGAUAAGCUUUGUAAAAGUGUAUUAUCCAGAAUACAAGGAGAUUUGGAAAAGUAAACUAACAUACACUUAGAUCUCCCAGUGGGUGGAUUUACUCCUGCUCUUUCCUUGGAAUUCCUGCUGACCUGCCCAAGAUGGCUCCAUGUUCCAUUCUAGAAAAUCAGUAUCUACACUCAAGAACAAACUCUGAGACUGGCACAAUCUAAGAAGACUUUCUGGCUCUGGCUUUUAUUAAUUUGGGACUCCAUGGCCACUAUCCUGACCUCUGAUUUAUAAAUCCAGUAGCUGGACAGGGUGGGUGGUGAGCUGACAGUUACCUCAGAGAAAUGUGCCAGAUCUCCAUUUAAGUAAGCAGAAGUGGAGCGAUCUGCUUUCAUUCCAGUAUCACAGUCCAAAAAUAGGGUUUCAUCAUAGAGGAAAGCCUCACACAUAGAACUACACUCCAAGCUGAAUGUGUUUCCGCUGGUGGGGCAGUAGCAGAAAAGACCUCUAGGUCAGCUUCACUCUCCUUACACGCUAGGUUGGCACAGGAGUGCAGGAGAAGAUAGGGAAGAGCUCCAGGAGGGGUGCGGGAAGAGCCCUGGCGGGGUGGCCAUCCCUACCACUCGAUGGCUGGCAGCUGCCCUUCUGGAAAUGUAUUUCAUCUUAGCCAGUGGACUCCUUCCUUCUUCCCUCUCCCUUCGUUGCUGAAGGACAGAUCUGAGGUACCCUUCCACACUCCCCUUCACCCACCACCCGCCCCCGGCACUCAAACUUGCCCUUCUCCUGUCUAUAUAAAAGCAGAGGCAAUAAACCAAUCUGAUUUUGUCAGUUAUUUAGAACUUCAAAUGGCUCUUUACUUUUCAUUUGGAGAGGGGGAAAGGAAUAACCUGCUGGCAGAUUUUUGGUGCUCCCCGCACAAAGGGCCUCACAGGAGCCCUUCUCAAGGCAAAACCUAUCAGGGUAUCAAUGCUUUAACAUUCUAAGACAUCUGUCUUGUUUGAAAAACAAAAGUAGACCUAUUUUUAGCCCUGUGCACCUCCUCUCAGAUUCACGUCUGGUUGACCUCUGUCCAGAAGCUCAGUCAUUGCAGAAAUUUCUCUAAGAGCCAGCAAUACCUCCGGGCAGACCUCACAACCAAGGCUGGUGCUGGGCUGGGCAGGAGAUGAACUAAAAUUACCUCCUCCAGUGAGAGACUGGAAGCUGGUGCCUUGCAACAGAUACAAAUUCCUCUGUCCCUUCUUCCUUGAUAAGCCUUAGAAACUGUUUGAAACCUUGUCCUAUACUUUUUAAGCCACUGUCUAGCACAGAGGUACAUGUCACUGGCAGGGGCAGGCCAGCUGAUGAGUUCUGCUUUCAGAGGCACUGAGAUGAGUGAGCAGGGGGAGCAGUCAGUAGGCCUUUGGUCAGGGUCUUUGCAUUCUCAUUAGCUGACCAAGACCUCAGACCAAAAACCAAUGAGAUGUCAACCCCUAAGAAUAGUCCCCUAGGGAAGCAAAGUGAAGAAAUAGAGUGGUGACACAUGAGAAAGGCCAUGUUCUGGAGAUUUGAAAAGUACAUUCCUGCCUUAUCAGAAAAUGUGGGCAGAUAGGCUUUAUAUCCAUCUCAGUGCACGGUGGUGUCUAUGCUUUGAUAUGGACUAUGCUCCAGUUAGAAUGUGAUAGAGGAAAGGAACUGAACUUUGCUUCUCCAUCAGAACUCUGAGCUGAGUAAUGAAAUGUUUAAGCUAUUUUGUGAUUAUUUUAAAUUUUUGUUUGUAACAUGUACAGAAUGUUUUUAUCUGGGAGUAGACUGAGAAGCCACUAUUUACAUAUUAACAAGUGAGCCCCAUUUGAGGCACCCGUGUUGAUUUAUUAAAUGGCUGCCAUGUUCCUCAGCCUGACAUCUUUCAUUUGCAGCAUCACCUUCAGGAGCAUGGUGGGUGUGUGGAUGUCGUCAUGUGACACAGUGACAGCUGUCUGGAGAUAUUUGCUACUCUGAGUGUUCCUGGCCAGUCAGUACAGAAGGCCUUGGAAGCUGACUCACUUCUCAGUCAGUGCCCCGCUGCUGAAGUGUGCACUUCUCCUUUGACUACCACCCAGCCUGUCGACUGUCACAAACAGGGUCAUAAAUUUCCGGUGGGCUGGGGCUAGCCUGGCACUGAGGGAAUUCCAUUCCAAUGCAAAGAAAACUUCUUAAAUAUUACCCCUGAAAUUGUUCCUCAGAAUGCCCUGAGAUUACCUGUCUGGUCACCCACUUGGGACUGAAAUGAGAAUGGCUUGUUGGGAAUCAGAUUCUCUCCGGGGAGGGACGGGAGAGGUGCUGCUGUUUUCAGGGGGAUCUACAGAGUGCCCUAGGGAGGGCUGGCUGCAGAAUCAGCUUCCCGGGCAACGUCAAAUCAACUAUCAGUCCUCCAAAUGGGACAUGGCAGAUGUUAAAGGUCAAAUCUGAAGUGUUUUCUUUCAGUGUUAAUGGUUGCUUAAGAUAAUAACUUAUAUUUACUGACAGAAUUGUUUUUCCAGGCCACCUUUUAAUUUCCAAAAUGGACUAGAGAGAAUUGGUUUUUAUUCUCUGCUUCACGUGGAAUAUGAAGAGACCUGACCAAAAACCCCUUUAAGACACUGUUAGCCUAAAAUUCAAAACUUUGAUUACAUCAAAAUUCUGGAUGCUGGGGAAAUUAAAAAUGUAAACAUAAGUCCCCUCAAAAGAUAAUAUUUAUCAAGAGGUUAAUACUACUGUGCUGGGUACUUUAGAACACUUAAAUCCUUGAAGAGUCUAACUGAAAAGGGGGAGAGGGAUGGUAGCAAAUGAAACAGCUUGUAAACAACCAGGAGCAAGAUUUAAAACCAUUAAGUUACCAAAUGAAAGUAGAAGGGAGAAAAUGUAGCAACUAGCAUCUUUUAAUAGGAUUAUCAAUAGUGUUCAAGUCACCUACUGACUGAGAUCAAAUUAAACACAACUGCAAAUCCAAUAUAAAGUACUAGAGAGACAUGCAGGUGCUGAGAGAGGUUUUUGCUUUGAUCAUUACAAAAAUUAGAGAGUAGUAACAAAGUAUAAAUAGACCUGUGUUUUUGUGUGGUCUUAACUGGCUUGGUUGUGAAGUCCUGUUGGAUCUCUGCAAAUGUGCAAGGUGAUACCAGUGUCCCAUACUCCUUGAGAGUGGUUUUAGACUUCAGUCAUCACAAAAUGAGUUAACUCCUGUUGAUUAUGAAUUUUAGGUCCAAGGUAAACUGUUACUUUCAUGUCUAAUGUUUAGCACAUGAUAAUCACAUUUGACUAAAACUGGGUGGGACAGUCAUUUGUUUACACAGCCCUUGGCUUCCUGCCUGAAGAGGGCCUGGGGAACAUAAAAUUCAGUUAUCUGGGAUUGGAAUGGGAGAGGUUCAGGGUACUCAGUCCUAUUUCCACCAGGAUUGAUUAGAGACAGAUUCUACCACAGUCUGUCCUAGCUGAUGACAGUAUAAAUCUUGGAGUUAAGUGUUGCCGAGAGUUUGAUUUUGGGCACUUCCAACAGAAGUUCAGCUCAAAGUGUGGAAUAACGAAGAAUGUGUUCUUUGUCAAUACCUUUUCUAGCAGAUAGGCCAGAAGAGGGAGCGAACACUUUUCCAAGCAUGAAGAGGAUUGGGAGAUGGUAGAAGGGUAAUUGCCUGAGAUCAGUGUCAGCCCAGUAGGAUAAAAUUAAGGAACAUCAAAGACUGAUUGGCACACAGGUCAUUUUGUAGCCUUGAGGUUCAUGAGCGAGGCAGGGAUCACUUCUCUAUGAGGAUGAAGGAGGACGUAACUAAGCAUAAGAAACCUAUUAAGUACAUAGCCAUGAUUUUACUGGAUGAAUCACAGUGCUUUGCAAUAACUUAAUGUCGCAGUACUUCCUGGCUUAUAAUUCUGCAAGGUAAAGAACUUUUUCAAAGGAGUUAAUUAAAAAGCCAAAAGCCAAAUGAUUUCAGCUGUACGUUGAGCUUGACGAGUGUUUCCAAAGAUAUAGUCAAAAUGUUUUUCUAUUAAAAAAGUAUAAAUAUUAAACCUAUCCAUAGAGACAUUUAC